GUGGCGGGCACCACAGCACGCUGGAGUAUGGGAGGAAGAGCGCGGAUCAAGGGAAGAACAUUUUGCCAGCACGCCAGCUGACAAUGGGCGUUCCGUUUUAUGGCCGCCAUAGUCGCAACGGCGAGUGGACUACAUACGAGGAUUUAGUGCAGAAGCAUUGGCCUUUGAAACCAGACCUGGAUUCCGUUGGAGCGGUUGACCAAGGUUCGUCCAUUGGCUUCAACGGUGUAGACACUAUCCGGAGCAAAACCGCUUACGCGUUGGAGCGGGAGCUGGGCGGUGUAAUGAUUUGGGAGGUUGGCCAAGAUUGCCGCCUUGUCCCCGUGGUGCAUGGCUCAACCACCCAUGCUAGAACAUGCCCGGAAGAUGAUGCAUCCUUAUUGCUUGCUAUCUCGGGAGCCAUCACUGCAGCCAAGAGGCAGCGAAUGCGUACCGCAGGAUGGGAUCCCGCGCAGCUGGCUGACAGCAACAGCGAGUUGUGA